AUGGCCUCUCCUGUUGCCGCCACGGGGUUAAUGCCCUUUGAUAUUAUAACAUUUCUUUGUCCACCAGUCUUUAAGAAGAAAUCCAUCACCAUUGAGGUUAUCCACCACUCCAACGUUAUCACUUUCACAAUCACUCCGGAAGAUUAUGGUACAUCCGAUGUCCAUGAAACCAUCUCCAUCGAGAAUAUCAUCGGCGACUUCAAAGAUAUCACUUCCACCGAGGCUGAUGAUGUUGACACAAAAUUGGAGCUACCUUAUGCCGAGGUCCUGAAAAUGGCGUUACCGGUGUAUGAUUCCAAAACUGAAUUUGAUGCUACUAUAACACUUGGCAAAGCUGAAUUUGUUCGAGCUAUCGCCGGCUUUACUGGGAACCCAAAACAGGUUCUGGGACCAGUUUUCCGUGAUGAUUCGGAUGAUGCUGCCUGCUUUGACUUAGGUAAAUGA